AUGCUGCUCCGCGGUACGGUGGCAUCGACAGUGACCUCGGCGCUUCUCCAUCGCGGGGGCUGCGCACAGGGGUCGGUGGCGGCAAUGCCCGCCGCUCACUUUGCUAGUUCUUGCUGCCGCUCGCCUCCAUUGGCUGCUCUAUCUUCGUCGUACCAGUCAACGUCUUCGCUUGGGCUGUUGCGUGCCGCCGCACCGGUGCUGCUGUGUGCUUCCACCACAUGUAGCUCUUCUGCCUGGGCAACGACUCGCCGCUGGCAGUCCAGCAGCAGCCCAAGCUACGGCACCGUCCCCGCCGACAUCGAUUCACCACGCGGUGCGACAAAGCCCACCGAAGAGGAGCUUCAUCGCGAGCAGCGUCGCCGCACGCACGGGCACGCGGCAACAGCUGAGGAGGCGAACAAGAACGCCGUCAACACCCACGUAAGCGGGUACAACCCAUGGGAGGUGCUGGGCCUGAAGCCGGGUGCAUCGACACAGACAAUCCGCCUGCGCUACCACGAACUUAUGAAGCAGGUUCACCCGGACAUGGCGGUGGAUGGCGCCGGCGACAUCCCGCGCCUCAACCAGAUUAACAAGGCCUACGAACUGAUUACGAAGAGCCCGACGCUGGACCGGCGCUACCGCAACCUCGUCUCUGACACGCAGUACUUUUACUAUAAAUUCCUGCCUGAGUGGAUGGCACGCAACGUGGAUGAGAUGCCACGGUACUGGAGUUGGGUGAAGUGGCGUACUCCGAGUGGCUUCCACAUUUUCCUGCUGCUUUGCGGCUUCUACGUCCUUGGGCGCUUCUACGCCGCCUUCCCGCUGCUGACGAGCGUUUUUUUUAUCUCUGUUGCGCUGGACGUGCUGCUGCACACGAUGCUCGCCCCUGCGGCGCUGUGCAUGCUGUUUCUCUACUCGAUUAUGGCGUACCGAAGCUACGAUAUGGCGUGGCUGACAAGCCCGAAGGGCUUUCUGCGCCGAGAGCUGGGGUACUAA